UUCUGAGAACGUGAAGCUGUUUUUCAAAUUUUUCGUGAUGCGUGAAAAGGCCAAUUUCUUAUACGUGAAACUGUUUUCAGAAGAGGUAUAGGGGACCCUUACAGUAGACCAUCUGUGCGCGAUGUGUUAAAGCACUUGCACUUAAUGCAAGUUUCCAAUACAAUUGAGCUACCUUUCCUGGUCAAAAAGUUUGACUCAUUUUCUCAAUUUUUGUUUUAGUAAUAACAGGACUGAGUGGAGUUCAAUUCGCUCGGUAAUUAUACUUGUGAGUGGACUCCAAUCUGUUACUCAUCGCAUGUAUGACAGAGGCCAAAGAGUGUCUGCGCAGGCAGCUCUAGAACAGGUGGUCGCUUUCAAAAAUAGGAGGUUUGAAGACUAUAAUGAAAGAUUGUGAAUCGAAACUGGACCUCUCAUAGCAAGACUGAGCCCCCUCGGGUGAUUUAAAGCAAGAAAAACAAUUCAGUGUGUGACAACAUGUCAUACACCUGAUACUCAUGUAAGAAAUCCACCUUGACCUCAGCUACUAAAAUAAAUCAGGGAAUGAAUAGAAAGACAGACGCAACUGAGAUUACUUGCAAGAGGUUAAAGAUAGCUUGGGUUACAGAGUCACUUGAGCAGCGCAGACUAAGCAUGGUUCUCAAAUCGGUUUUCGCUUUCUCAGUUCUUUUCUUGUUCACUUAUUGUGAAGGCAAACCUGAGAACUGCAGUGAGACACGAUGCAAGCUUUCGCCAGUUGGAGAAGGUUUUGCGUCUGAAUUUCGCAGCAAGACUUCCGAGAAAGGAGUGAGAUUGGUCUACUUAAAUUUGAAAAUUGGUAACGAUAGCUACGAUCCACUGGAGUUACAAGAUGAGUUUCUUCCACACAGAUGGGUGUGGGCUAGCAAGAUCACCGAGCCCAUGCUAACUUUACCCGACGAUUACGAUAUUUUAUCUCUGGGUCUACUGAAGUAUCAAGUGGGAAGCAUGGACGUGCAGUUGGAAGGUCAGCCGAGUGGAUGCCUUGCCAACUUAAACUCAACAUGCCAAAACAUGGCCGUUGGAAGAAUGUUGUUAGAAAAUGUAACAAUGGGCAGCUCUGAUGCGCUGUCACACAAGACACACGAGACACAGAUAGUGUGUGUUGCAGUCAUCGAAUACAAUGAAAUUGACGGCUAUCACUGCUGUGGUAGGCAUAAAGGACCCAAUGGCCCUUCUAUUCUGUGCGAUUUAACUGUUGCUAGCAGCAAGUGGGAAGGCGUGGUUAAUGGAAUCUUAAUUACGUUAAUUGUGUUUAUGUCAUUUUUCAUUCCGGCCCUUCCUCUAGCACUACCAGACUGUUUUUUUAGUCUCCAAAACGAGUGUGACAAAGAAAAUCGCUUUAAACAAAAGCACAACACUGGAACGGCAGGUCAACAAAACAACUCUAAAACGGCAGGCGAGUUAGAGAACAACACUGGAACGCCAGAUCAACAGAACAACCGCCAGACAGAGGUAAUACCAUUGUUAAGUAGCCCCAACAAUGUCGAAGGUUCAGUUGCGGAUAACAAUGAAAAAGACGAGUCAAAUUACGCGAGAAAUGUACACAAUCAAAGAUAGGAGGAAAGCAAAAUGAU